AUGAAUGGACCAGCAUUCAAUCCCCCAGGAGGGGGCCAGCAAAUGGUUGACCCAUCGACCGCUGCUGCUGUUAAAAAUAUGCAAAUGAUAAUGGAGUCCUGCCCAGGCAAGACAGUCGUCUCUGGUGUAAUGGGAUUCGCCCUCGGUGGCGCCUUUGGUCUCUUCAUGGCAUCCAUGCAAUACGACACCCCGAUCCACACGUCCGCCGCCGCCGCAGAAAUUACCUCUCUCCCACUGCGCGAACAACUCAAGCGUGGUCUCAAAGAUAUGGGAUCCCGCUCCUAUUCCUCGGCCAAAAAUUUCGGCAAAGUAGGCGCUAUUUUCGCAGGCACGGAAUGUUGUGUUGAAGGGUUUAGAGCAAAGAACGAUUUGAAAAAUGGUGUUAUCGCGGGAUGUAUUACUGGAGGAGUAUUGGCGGCGCCGGCGGGACCACAAGCUGCGGCCGUAGGGUGUGCGGGGUUUGCAGCUUUUAGUUUAGCGAUUGACAGCUAUAUGAGGAGGCCGAGUGACGGGGAUUGA